UGGGGCUCAGCACAGCAGCAAUAAACAGCUUUGUAAAAGUUCCAUGACACGUAGAUUCACAAGAAGACACAUGGUGUCUGACAUUUUAAGAUGGAACUGAGAUAUUUGAAGAGUUUUUGAAUUUAAUCUGGAAAAAAGGCUGGGAUCACACCUGAAGUGGUUUUGACGCAUGGAAGUAAACACAACAUACACCACAGUAGGUGGUCACUACAGCCUGCUGCCUUCACAGCAUCACCUCUUUGAUCAUCUAAACAGCUGAACACAUAAAGAGCUGCUGUGCAGCCUCUUAUGGCUGACAACAACACGGUGACAAUAGCUGGCCCUGACCUCCUCAGUGUCACUACUAGUGCCACUGGGAACAACACCACACCUGCCAAUGUCCAUUUAGCCAAAGUGAUGAAUUGGCUGACCUUCAGCCUUGGGCUGCCCGCCAUUGGACUCGCUCUUUACAUCCUCAAGAAUCUCUCCAAAGGUGAGAAUAAAGUUCCCAUGCACGUCAUCUUCCUCCUGGUUUCUGACAUCAUCAGUUUCCUCGGACGUCCUAAUGUGAGUCAGAAAGUGGACAGUGGGUCCACGUUCUCCGCCAAUCCCACCGACUUCAUCUUUUAUUUUGGUGUCGUCUCCAACAUCACCCUCAUGCUGUUCAUAGCUCAGGAGCGCCAUCUCCAGGUGGCCUACCCACAGUGCCUUGCCUGCUGCACCAGUAUCAGGAGGCAUCCCGUAGUGGCCUUGGUGGCAUGGGCUGCCCCAUUCGCCAUCCUGGCUCUCGCUGUGCUACAGUACAACCUCUGGUUCGCUGUGGCUCUCCUUGCUCCUUUCCCCUUUCUCCUCUUCUUUGCUGUGGACUCAUGGAGGGCUUUGAUCUGCUCCAGAUCUAAUCCUUCAUCACCAGAGAGGAGAAGGACAGUGGUGGGUAUCGGUGCAAUCUGGGCCAACUACACUGUCCUCUAUGUCCCUUUCAUCCUCAACCUCCUUCUAGAAGCUCUGUCCUUGACAGAGGUGGUGAGCUAUCUGGGGCUAGUGUCUCACCUGCUGCUCUACCUCAGCCCUCUGGUGGACCCUUUCAUCUAUAUAUUCAUGAAUAAGGGUCCCAAAGAGGUGCUGCAGGCACUGCCCUGCUGCCAAAGGCGUAGUCAGAAAGAAAACAUGACACCCACAGUGAACACUGUGUCUGAGACAGUAGAAACGAGACUUUGAAGAGGAAGUACAGUUUGUAUAAAAGUAAACCAAAGAAAGGAACACAUUCACAAAUCUGGCGUGGGACAGUUCAUAAGUCUGUCAGAUUUAUGAAAAAGAUUUUUAGUCUGAGGCAUUUUACACAGGAAUGAUUCUGUUACUCUAAACUUGUAAAACUAUAAACUACUGUAAACACAUAAGACUGCAGUUAUGUGCAGGCAAAGAGAAGAGAAAUCUGAUAGCAAUUAGCUUUGGCAAGACCACACAAGUAGUGUCAAUGAAAAGUGUCAGGUUGAAUAUAAUUGGAUGUUACAGGUCAGCUGGUAGCAAGGUGGUUGAUGAGAUGGCAAACAGAAUGAGAGGCUUUAUUCCAACACUAAAAUACUGGAUAUGGAGAAAUCUGGCUCUCAAAUCCUUCCUCAGCCAUACGAGCACAUGUGCUUCAUAUGCACAAUCAAAAUAAGGGUCACUGGAUUAACCAUUGUCCACUUUAACUGCAAAGCUACCAACACGGUCUACUCAUCUAUUUCAGCUUAUUAUCAUAACGUCUCUCUCUAUGUCUGAAAUGCUUUGUAUUUGUUUGUAUUAACACUUAUUUUCUUUCAUUGUCAAUUUCUUUUUAGAAUCUCUUUUUCACAAGUUAACGUUCCUUUUUAGGAAUAUUUACAGUUGCAGGAAAUUGUUACCAGUACUGGAAAACCAGCUUUUCUUGCAGGAAUGUGCACACACACACCUGCAUCUAAAGGGCAGCCUAAAAAGCGAGCUGAUGGCUGUUCCCUUCAGGAUCUCGCUGGAUCCAUUUAUUUUUGCUGUGUUCUCAUAUUUUAGUUAAUGCAAAGCUCGGUAUUGCUGGAUAGUUGUAAAAAGUACAAGUAGAAAUGUAAUGACUUGUAAGAACAUACCUGUCUGUGUUUACACUGAGCAGUAAGGUCACUUUUGGUCACCUAACAGCUUGUUCUAAGAUUAGAACUGCCUCACAUACAUGAAAAAAUAACAUGGUGAAGCUCUCCCAUACAUCUUGCAUAUGUUUCUUUUAUUAAAAAUUUAAAAAAAAAAACUGUAAAAAUGUAAAUUC